GUCGGCUGCGUAUUUGUUUGGAUUUUGCGUUGUCGGUAAAGUGCCGCAUCACUGUGGAACCGGAGGAAAUAUUCGAUCUAGUGAGCUGUGAGCAGCGAAAAAUACUGUCAAGAUGAUGUCCCACGAGCCUGAGCCGUCGCCCACGACCUGUGGAGCUCCCCUGCUGCAGCGCGGCUUCGAUCCAUACCGAGAUAAUGCGGGAACUUUGGUUGGCAUCGCCGGCGAAGAUUUCGCUGUCAUCGGAUCAGACCUCCGACUCUCGUUGGGCUUCAGCAUCUUCUCGAGGGAUCAGUCCAAACUCUUCAAAUUGACCGACCGGGCUGUGCUUGGGUCAUCCGGCUGUUGGGCGGACUGCGUAUCCCUGAACAAAUUCCUGGAGAUCCGUCUAAAAACAUAUGGAUUCGAGCACAAUCAACCGAUGAGCACGAAAGCCAUCGCCCAAUGUUGCUCCACAAUGCUAUACAGCAGGCGAUUCUUCCCAUAUUUCGCGUGGAACAUCCUUGCCGGAAUCGAUGAGGAUGGGAAAGGAGCAAUUUACUCCUACGAUCCCGUCGGUAACUUUGAGCGGGUACCGUACCAGGCCGCCGGAAAUUCCGGACCGCAAGUGCUGCCAUUCCUCGACAGUAUCGUCGGUAAGAAAAACCAAUCGAAUCCGGAUAAAGCCCCGAUCACCAAAGAGCGGGCCAUCAAUUUGAUAAAAGACAUAUUCAUCUCGGCCGCCGAGAGAGACAUAACCGUUGGAGACGGAACCCACAUCAUCGUCAUCACCAAAGACGGACUAGAAGAGAUUCGUCUUGACUUGAGGAAGGAUUAGAUGGGCAAAAUAAAUACCAGAUGUUUUUAUAUCGU